GGAGCAGCCGCGCGACGGGAGCCGCGGGACGGGCCAGCCGGGCCGCCGGGGCCCAGUGCGCCUCGUUCGCAGCGGGUAGCGCAAGCAGCGUCGUCUCCGCUCGCUCGGCGGCCGCGGGGCCCGAGACCGGUCCGGGGAGGGGGCGAGGGCGGUGCCCGGGCGCCCGUUUGCAGGGGAGGCAGGAUGAGCAUCGAGAUUCCGGCGGGACUGACGGAGCUGCUGCAGGGCUUCACGGUGGAGGUGCUGAGGCACCAGCCCGCGGACCUGCUGGAGUUCGCGCUGCAGCACUUCACGCGCCUGCAGGAGGAGAACGAGCGCAAAGGCGCCGCGCGCUUCGGCCAUGAGGGCAGGACCUGGGGGGACGCGGGCGCCGCCGGCGGGGGCGGUACCCCCAGCAGGGGGGUCAACUUCGCCGAGGAGCCCAUGCACAGCGGCUCGGAGAACGCCGAGGAGGAGGAGGAGGAGGAGGCCGCGGACGCAGGGGCGUUCAACGCUCCAGUAAUAAACCGAUUUACGAGACGUGCCUCAGUAUGUGCAGAAGCUUAUAAUCCUGAUGAAGAAGAAGAUGAUGCUGAGUCCAGGAUUAUACAUCCAAAAACUGAUGAUCAAAGAAAUCGAUUGCAAGAAGCUUGCAAAGACAUCCUGCUGUUUAAGAACCUGGAUCCGGAGCAGAUGUCUCAAGUAUUAGAUGCCAUGUUUGAAAAAUUGGUCAAGGAAGGAGAACAUGUAAUUGAUCAAGGUGAUGAUGGCGACAACUUUUAUGUAAUUGAUAGAGGAACAUUUGAUAUCUACGUGAAAUGUGAUGGUGUUGGAAGGUGUGUUGGCAACUAUGACAAUCGUGGGAGUUUUGGCGAACUGGCCUUAAUGUACAAUACGCCCAGAGCAGCUACAAUCACUGCUACCUCUCCCGGUGCUCUGUGGGGCUUGGACAGGGUAACCUUCAGGAGGAUAAUUGUAAAAAAUAAUGCCAAAAAGAGAAAAAUGUAUGAAAGCUUUAUUGAGUCACUGCCAUUCCUUAAAUCUUUGGAAGUUUCUGAGCGCCUGAAAGUGGUAGAUGUGAUAGGCACCAAAGUAUACAACGAUGGAGAACAAAUCAUUGCUCAGGGAGAGUUGGCUGAUUCUUUUUUCAUUGUAGAAUCUGGAGAAGUGAAAAUUACCAUGAAAAGGAAGGGUAAGUCAGAGGCGGAGGAGAACGGUGCAGUAGAAAUCGCUCGGUGCUCUCGGGGACAGUAUUUCGGAGAACUUGCUCUGGUAACUAACAAGCCCCGAGCUGCUUCCGCACACGCCAUCGGGACCGUCAAAUGUUUAGCCAUGGAUGUGCAAGCAUUUGAAAGGCUUUUGGGACCUUGCAUGGAAAUUAUGAAAAGGAACAUCGCUACCUAUGAAGAACAAUUAGUUGCCCUGUUUGGAACAAACAUGGAUAUUGUUGAACCCACUGCAUGAAGCAAAAGUAUGGAGCAAGAAGACCUAUAGUGACAAAAUUACACAGUAGUGGUUAGUCCACUGAGAAUGUGUUUGUGUAGAUGCCAAGCAUUUUCUGUGAUAUCAGGUUUUUUCCUUUUUUUACAUUUACAGUGUAUCAGUAAACAGAGUA